CCACUUUGAAUGCCGUUGUCGUGGGCUUCAGUUGUGUCCAAGGGCCAAGUGCGGAAUCAUUUUGUUGCGGCUACUCGACGUACUAGUGCAUCCUGCCACCAGCUACACGUGCUACAUCCUGCUGCCGACUACGAGCUACUACGACUAGGACUAUCGUGUGUCGGUUGUGCGUCUUGCCUCGUGGCUUACGCUCAAUUUAAUCAGUGAUUAAGAUGUUGGCCCAGCCGCUAAUCGGAUGAGGCAUUCGAGCAAGUGUCAUCUGAAUAAAGUUUCUGUAUCUUGUACAACACCAACAACACCACAAAAAACAACAACAACAACAGCAAGAAACAAGAAAGAGCCACAAGUUCAAGUAAAUCCACAGAUAUUUCGCUCCUAGUCCACAUAUGCAUGUAUAUUUGUGCGGCUCCAUUUGUGUCCUGUGCGUAUCCGUGUGUGUAUCUGUGUGUAUAAUGCGUAUGUAAUCCAAGCAAAUCUGUCACGUGUUUCGGAUAUCUUUUUUGGGAAGCCCGGAGCUGAGGCCAAAGGAAUUUAUUGAAAAAAGAUAAACCCCGAAACCUAGAGAAGAGACAGAUGUUGCUUUUCGCGGCGGUGGAGCAGCCCCAUAACAUGGCCAAGAGCCAGCGUUUAUUUAUGGCCCAAAGAGGAGAAAUCACAUUAGAUGCAAACUGCCUGUCGAAAUGAACAACGAAAAGAAAUAUUAAAUAAAAACUAGCGCCAUCAAAUUGCCCAUAAAACAACAGGGAAACCCCACGCCAAACCGUCCGCAAAUAUCAAAAAAUAUAUAAAAAUAAAACAAAGAAAAGAGCACGAGAGCGAAACUAUUAUUUGACAAACUGUCAGCGGAGCUCAGUCGAAGGUGAAAUUUGUGAACGUUGGCGAAAUUCUCGAGUGAAAUCUCUGCUGUUUAUGCCCGUUGCGUAUACGCCGCGUUGCCCGGCGCUGUUCCGCUGUUUCAGCAGUAUAUAUACUCCGCAUCUCGCGGGCAGAGGUGUUAAAUGCGUUCACAUAUCUCUGGUGCGGCCCGGGCUGCCUUCUGCUCUCCACCAACAACCACAUCCGCCGCCAUCCGCCUGUGAAAGUGCCGAGCUGUGCAUUAUUUCCGCGUAAGUGAACAUUUUUGCCCCCGUCCCCAGGAGACUACUCCCCCCCAUACGAGUGUGUUGACUCUGCCGCUGAACGGCAUGCGCCUCUGGAGGAAUCGUCGAAGUCGCAGCAAAAUGCAUACCCUCGAAACGGGGCCCUGGUCCGUCCAUGGGCCACAGUUGACGCAGCUGCUCCUUGGCGGGAUACUCUGCAUGACAAUUGCCUCGAACACACAGACGUCCGCAGAGGCCACAGGAGCGCAGGAGACAGGAGCAGCAUCAGCAGCAUCAGCAGCCACCGUCAUCAGUUUCGAUGGGAGCAGCGACCCAUCAUCAGCCUCAUCCUCAUCCGCAUACUCGGCGACCGCAUUCUCCAGCCUUGCUCAAGUGUCCUCGCUGCUGCCGGAGGCGGCCGCCCUGUCGGCGACAGCAGCCCUGGUGGAACCAUAUCUGGAUGGAUAUGCCACCUCCAAUGUGACCACUCAGAUCGGUACACACGCGUAUCUCCCUUGUCGGGUCAAACAACUGGGCAACAAAUCUGUUUCCUGGAUUCGACUGCGCGAUGGACACAUCUUGACCGUUGACAGGGCGGUCUUCAUAGCCGAUCAGCGUUUUCUGGCCAUCAAGCAGCCGGACAAGUACUGGACGCUGCAGAUAAAAUAUGUACAGGCCCGUGAUGCCGGGUCCUACGAGUGCCAGGUCUCCACAGAGCCCAAAGUCAGUGCGCGUGUCCAGCUGCAAGUUGUGGUGCCCCGCACGGAGAUACUGGGCGAACCAGAUCGCUACGUGAAGGCUGGCAGCAAUGUCGUCCUACGCUGUAUUGUCCGUGGCGCCUUGGAGCCGCCCACCUUCAUCAUGUGGUACCAUGGGGCCGAGCAACUGGCAGCGGACUCGCAACGCCAUCGCACGCAAUUGGAUCCCAAUCUACCGGAGGCCACUGGCGAGGGACAGAGCACGAUUGGCUCAUUAAUCAUCGAGUCGGCCAAGAAGCGCGAUACUGGCAAUUACACAUGUAGCCCGUCGAAUAGCCCCAGUGCGACCGUAACACUGAACAUAAUAAAUGGUGAAUCAUCUGCCUCGGCGGUCACCUCAUCGGCAGCCACCACACGGGCCUAUGCCCUAAGCAUCCUCGCCCUGCUGCUCAGCGUCAUCCUCAUCGGUGUGGGCCAUCGGACAUGACAUGUCAACGGAGCGAGGCCAAACUAAGGAGUGAAUCCAGAACUCUGCCAAUAUGAAAAAACCAACCCCAAUUUGAUAAGCAUUAAAAAGCAGAAUGAAGUGAAAGGAAAUUAAAUCAGAUAAAUACACAUAAUAAUCGAGUGCAUGUUGUAAGCUAGUUGAUUUUAUCUACUGACUAAUAACUCAAGAAACGUAGGGAAGGAAGGAUAAAUCCGUAAAUCCCUGGACACACACACACACACACACACCCUCUCUCUCCCUCUCUCCCACUCUCUCUCUAUCUAUGUAGCUGUCUAGCCCCCAAGACAUUGCAGCUAAUUGUAAGUUCUACGAGCUCUAAGCGAAAACUAGUCCGUAAGCACCAGCCCCCACAAAUCCACAAAUCUCCCACUAGUCUUAGGCCUGAUUUCUGUCAUAAAUUUAAUUUUUUGGGUUUUGUCCGUUCGGGUUUCCUUUUGUUUGGCUUUCGCAUAAAUGCAUAACCGUAAAUAUUUAUGCACUUCGAUAUGCAAUUGCGUAGAUAUCCUGAGUCUGAAUCUGACUCUGAAUGCAUUCAGCUUGCAGGAAUUUCGAGCAUUAUUUUUCGGUCAAAAAUUCAAACUAGAAUUGCAGUUUCUGUUGCAAUGUGGCCACAUGCUGCACCUUUCGAUUGGCCAUUUGUAUCUCCUGCUGCUUUCUCUCUGUCUAGAUGGUGACAUUAAAUAUUUUUAGUAUUUUCUAGCAAAUACUUUGACACUUGACCUCGUUUCGGGCAACAUCCUUUGCCAAUAAAUUUCAUAAAAAUUCUCAUAUCGAUGUGUAGACUGAGAGUAAGCCUGUCCCGAUGUAGAUCGAAUUUCAAUAUUCAUUUAAUUUGUGUACUUAAAAGAAAAUAGAAAAAUUCAUGUUUGAUAUUUGUGUGACAUUUGCAAACAAUUUACAUGGCGAAAAUUUAUGAAACUCUAUUUUAUGUGCUCUUAUCUCACGAACAUGCUCCAAACAUGCGCGAAAAAGCCAAAAAAAAAAAAUAAAAAAUCAUAAAAUAUAAAUAAAACAGAAAAUUAUAGCAAAUACAUUCAUUGAUCGAACAUAACAGAAACGAAAAAUGCGACAUAAAGCUGCAUAAAACAAACAAUUUAAAUGAUAGCGAAACGAAAGUAAAUUUAUUGGAUUGGAUUGAAGGGAGAAGAGAAGAGAACAGAACAGAAAACAGAACGAACUGACUCGCGCGCACUGUAUAUAACUCUAUUGCGAGAAUUGUUCGACAGAAAAAUGUAAAUUAAUUGAAUACACAAACCAAACCAGAGACGUAUUCCAAAUACUAAUGAAUUGCAUUUAAACGAUACAGAAAAAAAAAUCAACGACACACACACACAUACAUAUAUCGUAUAUCGUAUAUAUAUAUAAAUAUAAAAAUAAAGAUAAAUAAAUAAGAGGAGAAACAUGAAAGGCAAACACACGGUAGUCAAAGAAAUAAAUAAAAA